AAUUCUCCACAUUGCCAAAAUUACUUUAUGGUUCAUUUCCUUAGUAAACUGUAUAAAAUGACUUCUAAAUAUUCAUAUUGGACAUUGACAAAGUUUAUAACACCGCUGGCAUUUACAGUUGUAGCACAAGAUGUCGGUGAACAGGCUUUAAACAGAAGUUUGGCAUCAUCAACUAAUGCUGUAGUGGAAUUGGCAAGUUUUGGAAUAGCUCUUAAAAUUAUACAGUUGUUUACUGGUGCCAUUGAAGAUUUUAAAUUUGUUAGUGUAGUCUUGUUAAAAUGUCAACGUGAUCGUAAAAAGAUAUUGUUUUGUGCUGGAUUGUUUACAAUAUUUUCAUUGGCCAUUUUAUUGAUAAUUGGUUUCAGUUCUGCUGGCAUUGUAAUCAUAAACGAUUUUCAUGACGUAUCUAAUGAUGUUGGUGCUAAAGCACGAAAGCUCCUAUACUUAUUUUCUCUUUAUCCAUUUAUAGAUGCUAUGUCUUGGAUCCACGUUGGCAUUUUGUUAAAGUACAAGCACAGUUUUUGGUGUGGUUUAGCAUCAAUUUCAGAUGUGAUAGCGCAGGUGGUUUUUGUCUUAAUACUACUACAAACCAACUUGAAGUAUGAAAACACGCUUUACAUUCCACUAAUAGCAGCUUAUUCUGGUGUGUUAGCCAGAUUGACAAUUUUGCUUAUUGCAUACUAUAAAUAUGUGCAUCAUUUGGUUCCUCAGCAGAUUGAAGAGGUAGACGAGGAGGCCAAAGUAGUUACAAUAUGUGAAGUGUACAAAUUAUGGGCACCAUUUAUGUUGAUACGAGUUGUUCAAAAAAUAAGCCGACCAAUGAUAAAUCUUUUUGUAGCAAGAGACAGACUUGAUGGACUGACACGAGAAGAUGGGCUUAAGUCCCUAGCUGCUCUAACUGUGAUAUGGCCUAUUUCAUCCAUGCCUUGCAAAUGGUUAAGUGAAGUUCGCGUAUUAGAAGCUGCUUUCACCAAGAAGGCAGAUGAAAAUCGAAUGAUCUCAAUUCGCCAAAUCCGUAUUUUUGGAGUUGGAACAUGUGUUUUUUCUCUCUCGAUCAUGCUCACUUUGUUUUGGAUUCCUGGUUUAUCAACGAAGUUACUGAUGAAUGUUUCGAAUGUAGAUGUUGGUUUAGCUUCCUUAUGUGUGUUACCUUUGAAAAUUUUGACCUUUCUACCCAUCCCAACAAUCAACAGAGCCAUUGGAACUGGCUGGUUUUUACGUAUUAAAAAGACCUCACUGCUUUAUCCAAGUGGAUUUUUUCGGCUGAUCAUUAUUGUCACGCUGUUGUUUGUAUUACCGAGAGUGGGUUUACAUGGAGCAACAAUGGGAAGUGUUGCAUUAUUCAGUGGAUUUCUAGCUGAUUCAGUAAUGAUAUUGUUAGCAGCUGGUUAUGUGAAGUUACAGCGGGCCAGAACCAAGAGAGAUGAAAGUAAAGAAAGCAUAAUGCUUUCUAAAGAACUGGAUUACCCUAACCAAGUAAUAUACAAAGAAACUUAUAUAUAAUAAUUUAUUUUACUUUCCUUGCUAUUAGUCAACGCCGUAACUUCUUCGACAGCCGUCUUUUUGACAGUGACCCUAACGCCGUGGUAUCAAAAUUGACAGUAAGAGGGAUCAGUGUAACGAGAACCAGCAAGGUUUUAAUGCACAAAAAUUUUAAAUCGUGAAUUUCGUGCACAAUCUAAUUUUUUUGCAGAGUCGCUGCUCUGAUUUAAAGUGUCGUGAUAUUCUUUUUGUACAAAUCAUAAAAUCAAACGUAAUUGAUAAUUCAUGUUGGUUGGUAUAAAUUAAAAUAUUUUAUGAAUUUUUUAAGAUGUGCAAAAAAUACUUUGUUUUUUAGUUCAUGAAAGUAGUUUAUUUUUUUCCAUUUUCUGUGAAUAUAGCUAAAAAGAAUUUUUUUUAAAAAAAUGUUUAUUAUUAUUUAGAUGAUAAAAAAUGAAAAGAUUAUAUAUGAUAUUAAAUUUUUUAAGAUAGUUAAUAUAUAGUUCUUCGAUAUGUUUUUUAUAUUUCAUAAAACGAGAAAAUACACGUUUUUUAGUUCAAA